AAUUAGAUAUAUCAUACAUAAUAUGAUAUAUGGAAAAAUCUUUGCACUUUAUGAUACCUUACCUAAAUAAAGAAGGCGUAAGGCAGAGAGCUUUGGCGGCAGGUCCAAUGGAAGAAAAGCGCAGAAAAGCCAGAACCCUUGUAAAGCGGUUCAGCUCCGCCGGCGACGCCGCGGCUCUCGCCUCGGCCAUAUCUGAGAUCCGCCUCAUCUCCAAACUCGACGAAGAGAUCCGCCUCCCUCUCGCCGACGCUGGAGCCAUCCCACUCCUCGCAGGCCACCUCGUCGCCGUCCCACCAAUUGCUUCCCCUUCCUCCCAAGAAAACGCUUCCGCCUCUCUCCUAAAUCUCUCUAUCUCCGCGCGCGAGCCCCUCAUGUCGACCCCGGGCAUCCUCGACGCCCUCGCCUAUUCGCUCCGCUCUUCCGCGCCCGCCGCCGUGGCGCAGAACUCCGCCGCCACUGUAUUCAGCCUCCUUUCCGUCGAUACCUACCGUCCGAUCAUCGGAUCCAAGAAAGCCCUAAUCUCGGCUCUGAUUUCCCUCAUCCGCGCUCCGAAUCAAGCGGCGCGAACGGUGAAGGACGCGCUCAAGGCUCUGUUCGGCGUGGCUCUGUAUGCGAUGAAUCGGGCUAAGAUGGUGGAAUUGGGGGCGGUGCCGGCGCUGUUCUCGCUAGUAUUGCAGGAGGAGAGGUCGGGAGUGUUGGAGGAUGCGACGGCAGUGAUUGCGCAGGUGGCGGGGUGUUAUGAGAGCUUGGAGGCGUUUCGAAAGGUGGCGGGAUUUAGGGCUUUGGUGGAUUUGAUGGAUAAGGCGACGGGGGCGAAGGGUAGGGUGAGGGAGAACGCGGCGGCGGCCUUGCUUAAUCUGGCGAUGAGCGGAGGUGAGGCGGCUGUUGGAGAAAUCAGGGAGGUGGAGGACGCGGAGGAGGUGGUGAGGGAGCUCGCCGAAGCGGGGAUUAGUGCCAGAGCGAAGACUAAGGCGGAGGCGUUGCUUAAAGUUUUGGGAAGCGAGCGGAGGUGCCGGCGAGGAGAGCACUGGAUCGGGGAUUUGGACUCCGAGUCGGAAUACUCCUCGGUGCCAUCGCCGCGGCUAUGGUACUCUUCCGGUGAUUCUAGUAGCUAUUAGGGCCUUAACCUUUCAAAUUUUAUUCUUUUAUUAUUAUUAUUAUUAUUAUUCUGUGAAUUAAUGAAAUAUAGAUUAUUUGCAUUCUUUUGAAGGCGAGUAACGUCACAGUUCCAAAGAAAAAAAAAAAUGGCAAAUGCAACUGAAAUUUGUAAAAUAAUAUUUGCAGCCUGGUCGUCUUAAACUAAUAAAUAUUUGCAAAGGGGAAAA